UCGCUUGAACGGAUUGGUAAAUACCAACCCAAAAUGGUAAAUACCAUUUCCAUUUGGUUAUCCGCUUGAAUUUGAUUGAUGAAAUACUGAGCGUUCUUUUGUCCGCUGUCAUAUGUCAAAACAUAUUUUCGGUCUUAUUUGUUUAUAAUAAGUGCAAAAAGCUGGAUCACGUACACGAAGCAGUUUUUUCACAGGAAAUCUUGGAAUUUGUGAAUUUUGUGGCGUGGAGUGUGGUUGCCGCUUUUUUGUCAUUGACUGACCGGCAUUUCAAUUCUUACGUUACCAGUAGUGUAUAUGUUUUGUACUUUUGUGCAGAAACCAGUGUUUUGUGUGAGAAACCAGGUACACUUGUUUACUAUUCUCGUUUUCAGCUUUGUGACUAUCUUCAUGGUUGACAUAUUUUUUUCAGCCUAGGUCAUUCGGCAGCACAAUGUUGUGGAGUAUCUUUGUAUCAUCGCCAGUGUGUCUCCAGGAAAUGUGGCAACAAGAGUUGGACGAUUCUGACGACGAGGAGACGCGGUUUGAAAUAUCCCCUCCAUCUCACAUCAUCAUCAUGAUUGAUACACAUCCCAAAAUGUUCAUUAAAGAUGAUGUGAAUCAGUCUGAUAUUUCAUUUAGAAAUUGCCUAGCUGCAGUUGCCCAAAUGGCAGAAGCAAUUCUAUUUGAGACGUCCACAUGUCCAUUUGCCAUUGUGUUGGCCAAGAAAGACAACAUCGUGCUCAGGCACUUCAAGGACAAUAUGAUAGAGACGAUCAGGUUCCUGAAUGAGAAAUUAAAAAAUACUGAUGAUGAAUUGAAGAAAGAAUAUAUGAGAGAUAUUUCCGAGCCACUAGAAUUCUCCAAUUUUCUGCUCCAUUCAAAAAAAGUUUUUCUAGAUGCAGCUAAAACAUACUAUAAACGCAUUUUGCUGUUUUUGACUAACAAUGAUAAUCCGCAUAUUGCACAAGGUGCAAAAUACAGUAUUAUAAAUGAGGCUAAAAGCCUCAAGCAUGCUGAUAUCACAUUUAAGAUCAUUGCCACAUCAGAGAGUUUCAACUUUGCUAUGUUUUACAAUGAAAUAUUCGAGGCAGCGGAACAAAACUUUACUGAAGAAGUGUGUGUUGAUGUUGAUGCCUUGAAGGAAAAAUUGACAGCAAUUGCAGGUUCAAUCCAAGGCCAUAAAAAAGUCAAUUUUUACAUCACAAUGGAGGAUGCAGAGCAUGUGAUUAAGUGCUACAAGUUCAAAUCAUUUAAAAAGCAUCGAAUCUUGAACAAUGCUUCAUACACAAGAGAUGGCUCUCAGGUGGUUAAAACUAAUGCACCACCAGUUUAUAAGUACAAAGUAGUUUGCAAAUAUGGGUAUUCCCUGUAUGAUUUUGAUAAAGAGAAGUUUGAAAAUAAAACUCUGGAUUGCGAGAUCCCUUAUGGAUACACUUUCCUAUACGUCACUGACCAAUUGGUGAAAGCUGGAGAGAAUAUCCACCCGCCUAAAAUUUUGGUAUGUGAUUCACAUGAGGCAGAUGAAGAAAAACAACUGUUUAGAAAGUUUUGGGAUGUGCUUGUCGAAUGUGGAAAAGUUUUUGUGUGUUAUGAGAAGUCAACUAGGCGCAACAAAAUCGAAUAUGCUCAAUUAUCGCCGUAUCUUAUGAAUGAAGACCAGGUAUUCCUAAUUCAGAGGAUUCCAUUUGGCACACAAGUCAAGUGGCCGUUAGAAAUGUUCAACGAAGCAGAUUCGGCAGCGGCCGCGCCUAUUUCAAAACGCGUUCCGCAGAACACCGUGUCCUCUCUGGCCGAGCAGUUGGUGGAUCUAAUGACAGAUGAGACCUUUAAUUUCAAACAGCUGGUACACGGGAAAAUUAAGGCGAAAAAAGAUUUUGUAAAAUCGAAGCUAUUCGAUUUGCCUUUCGACACUACUGGCCCGAUUGAAUACACAAAAAAGCAGGAGGCAGACGCGAAAUUGGGAAGUUUCGUCGAAAAAUUCACCGCAGUGUUUCCCCCUAUGCCGGAGCGGGGCAGGAAAAGACCACGACCCAAGUGAUCGUAAUAUUCACAUAUUGUAUUCUACCUGAAGAUUUAAUCCUUAAGUUGUUUUGCAUUUCCUUUAUUUUCGUUCAUUUUGUAUGAAAUAAAACAUAUUUUCAUAA